AUGACAGCAAUGGUGAUACAGCAGCAGCCUCAGUCAGUUGUGGUAAUGGCCUCCAAAGAAUGGAGCUCAGGCAUCUGUGACUUCUGUGAGAAUGUGCCCGAAUGUUGUUUCUCGUUCUGGUGUCUGCCCUGCUUCGCGUGCAGCACAGCUAAGAAGCACGGCGAGUGUAUAUGCUUACCAUUGCUCGACAUCGGCUGCAUCCCACCCAUAACCUUAGCAAUGAGGUCAUCGGUGCGGGAGCGCUACGGCAUUGAGGGAUCUAUCUGUAAUGACUGUGUCUAUACAUUCUUCUGCUGUCCCUGCGUUUGGUGCCAAAUGUCACGGGAGAUGAACAAACACCAGGCUGCAUUCGUCAAAGGAGCACGACACUAA